GCAAAUACGGACCAUUUUCAAAAGAUUUGAUUGUAAGCAACAGUAUCAAUGAUGUACAGCUAAAAUAUGUAGAAAACAUUAAUGUGUUUUUUCCAUAGUACACUUUAUAUCAGCAUGGCAUCAAAGUCAGCCAGAGGGCUAAAAGUAUGAUGCUCAAAAUUCAUCGAAGGAUAAAACAGGGUAUUGUAUGGAAAAGAGUAUGUAAUACGAUUUUUUUUACAUACUUAACGAUUUUAACUUACGGAACGCAUCUUUCGACAUCCUUAGAGUCAAAUUUGAUAAUUGUUUUUUUAUCUUAUAACAUAAAUUUAAAAAGACAUCUUACAGAGGGGCUCGAUAUUUUCAUAAUCAAGAAUAUGUGCAAUGGUGUUUCUGUUCAAAUAAUAUAUAUGACCAUUAUCGAUUAGUAUUAUAGUACAAUAAAACAAUUUUUACUGUUUGCACGCUUAAUAAAACUAGCCAGUUUUUUCUGAUGUUCAGGUUACAAAAAGAAAACACCAGUUGCCAGAGUUUCCGAAAAUACAUCCAUUUGAACAUGUAAAUAACUUGCACAUGCUUUCGGAACGCCUCGGGUCUUUCCGUCAGAACUUGAAAAAACAACUCAAUAUUUCGGCCGGGUAACGUAGUUUCAUGUAGAAUACAUCUAUUUUCGUCAAUUUAACAUAUUUUUCAAAUAUUUCUGAUUGUUAUAUGUAUUGAGCACCUGGGUUUAUUAAUGGUCUACAAGAUCAAACCUCAGCAGGAAAUGAACUGUCUUGUAUCUAUAUUUAGGUGGAAGGGGUGUCAUUGACAAGGUCGUAGUACUUUCUAUGUUAUUUUUCCGCUGACGGAAACCCCCCAUAAAAUUGCGAUGGAAGGACCCAAGAUAACUUCCUUAUGAGUGAUGAAAUACUGCAUACGUGUACAAAAAACUCAAUAACAUGGUCACUUUUUAUUGUGUUCUUUCAUUAGCAGGGUUGUUCCUAGCAGAAAGUUAUGAUGACUUAUCCUACAUGAAAGUUGCAACCCAAAUGCACACUUAUCAUCCCAACCCGCAGUACGCCGCCAGAAAUGCAGUUGACGGAAAUACAAAAACAUGUUCGAACGCUCAACAAAUUGGACUUGGGUCACCGUGGAAGGAUGUGUGGUGGAAAGUGGAUCUUGGUGGAGUUUACAGCAUUUACAAUAUUACCUUACAGUUUAAAACACACGGCGACGAUAUGGUCGAGAAAAGCCAGGUUGCGGGUUUUUCUCUGUACGUAUCAGAGACAAACGUGUCCUCCACUAAAGAAAUAAAAUGUUCCAACCUAUGUUAUAAGGAUGGACCACAGUUACCACCCCUGAUUAUGACGAAGACAUGCAUGGUACAGGGACGUUAUGUUAUUGUCUACAACGAAAGAUUUGGCAAGGUUAUCUACCCUGCAGGGUAUAAGAAUGAUACCGUGUAUCUGCGCAUUUGUGAAGUCACUGUACGAGGAUGUGAGAAACGCGGUAUGUAUGGCAGUAACUGUGAGAUUCCGUGCCCAAGUAACUGUAGAGACAGCUCAUGUCAUAUACAAAACGGAACGUGCAUUCAAUGUAAACCAGGAUGGCUUGGAAUGUAUUGUGAUACUGCUUGUAACAGGAAUUAUUACGGCGAAAACUGUUCCCUGUCAUGCCCUCUGAACUGUAAGACAUGCCGACACACCGAUGGGUGUUCUACUUGUAAGGCGGGGUGGAUGGGCUCAAAUUGUACCUCAGCAUGUUUAAAUUCAUAUGGAGAGAACUGUCGGUACUCAUGCGGUUUACACUGUACCAACCAGACUUGUGACAGAUUUAACGGAAGUUGCCUCAUAGGCUGUUCUGACGGAUUUUACGGCAAAUCUUGCGAUAAAGAACGUUUAUUGAUAAACCAGGAUAUGUCCAGCUCCAGUUUAAUUGUCAGUGGAUUGUCAAUCUCCAUAGUUAUCAACGUUACCUUCUUUGUGUGUGGAUUCAUAAUGUGCAGAGGAGUUAUCACAAAAAGGGUGACUUUCUCUGGUAGUCUCGUGGCUUGUUGGAAGAGACCAGUUUACGAAGACACAUGCGUGAAAAAUGAUGAGGGUUCAACUUAUCAAGAACUCGACCUACCUGAAAUCGCAUAUCAAAAUACUACAGAAAACUGAUGGACGGGACUUGAUCUUUCUGUCUAUCUGG